CCUCUGUCAAGAAUUUUUCUUUUUUCCUCCCCCGUCUAAGAGUUGCGGCGACGGGAUUUUAAUUGCUCGAUUGGAAAAAAAAAAGGAAAAAAAAAAAAAAGAAACACAAAGAGAAUAAGAAAAGAAACGAUGUUAUCUAAGCCACUCCGCGCCAUGUCGGAUGAGCCUUAUGUGAGACGACCAAAGGGAGCUACGGAUGGGAUCAUCCGCCGACGGCGGAUUCAGAAGGACAAAGAAGAAAUGAAACUUCGGCAUUCUGCUAAAUCGGUAUUUAAUCCGCAGGGAAAGAUACCUGAGCUCUUCGUGUUAUCUGGAAUUUUAUCAAAUGAUGCAAACUGGCAGUUAGAAUCAGCAAAGUACAUUCGUGAAUUGCUCAAAUCAGAAUGGAGCUUUUCUCUCAACGAAAUAUACCCUGGAAUACUUCUUUUCUUUGUUGAGUUCCUGAACAAGGACGAUUUUCCGCAACUUCAGGUUGAGGCUGCAGAAGUUCUUACCAUGGUCACUGCUGGAUCAUCUGAAGAUACUAAGCUAGUGAUUGAUCACGGGGUUGUACCGCUUUUCGUUAAGCUUUUUAACUCUCCUAACAAAGAUGUUUGUGAGAAGGCGGUUUGGUUGUUGGGAAAUAUUGCUAGCGAUUCGCCUAUGUCUCGUGACAUUGUCCUGAAUCACGGAGUUUUAAACCAUUUGCUGGAGUUGAUGGAUAAGGUUUCAGAGAUUAAAAUCCUAAGCAAAGCUACCUGGGUUUUAUCAGCUCUUUGCCAGGGCACCCCUAAACCUCCAUUUGAGCAAGUGAAACCUGCCUAUUCACUGCUUCAGCGCCUGAUUUAUUUAGACGACGAAGAAGUGUUAAGAAACGCGUUCUUGUCUCUCUGUUAUAUCUCUGAUGAUGGUACAAUCGACAAAAUCCAACCUUUGAUUGAGGCUGAAGUUUUUCCAAGAAUCGUGGAGCUACUUUCAUAUCCAUCACGAGCUGUGGUGGCUCCUGCAGUUCAUGUUAUAAGGAAUCUUGUGGCGGUGGAUAAACGUCAGGCUCAGUGCGUAAUUGACCAUGGAGGGCUCCUGCAUUUGCUGCAAAUAUUGUCUCGUGAUUACAUCAUGAAAAGCAUCAAGAAAGAUGCUUGCUUCAUCAUCUCCAACAUCGCUGCCGGAACUCAUGAUCAAAUCCAGGCUGUUAUUGAUGCUAAUCUGAUUGGACCUCUAGUCUAUCUACUUCAAGCUGCUGAAUUUGAUCUAAAAAAGGAAGCUGCAUCGGUUAUUUUCCAUGUUAUCACUCGUGGAACUCCCGAGCACAUCAGGUCUGUUGUCCUUACGGGAUGCAUACUACCAAUGUGUGACCUGCUCGGGAGCCGUGAUUUAGACAUGGUUCGAAUGUGUCUACUGAGUAUAGAUAGGAUAUUCAGGACUGGUGAAUUGGAGAAGAAGGCGAUGCCGGGGGGCCGGAAUAUUUAUGCGCAGUUGAUUUUCGAGGCUGGGGGACUAGAGAAGAUUGGCAACAUGGAGUUUAAUGACAACCCUGAGAUCUCCGAAGAAGCUGUGAAGAUUUCUGACACCUAUGAUCACUCGGACGAGGAAGUUGAUUGA